AUGCUUAGCCAUGCGGCGCGCGCCGGGGCUGCUUCGCCACGUUUUAUGCCAAGGCUUAGCAUGCUGCAACUACGCCAUACCAUCUCUGGAUCGCCGCGUCGAUCGGCGCAACCUGCGCAAAUAUUUCAGGCCACCGGAGCUGUCCAGCACAUGCGUUUGUUCCGAGCUACGUUCCGGCUCGUGCCCAAUCCGCGCUCGCAGAAAGACGCCUGGCACCUCUUUGACACAGUGCACGCGCUCGCGCUGCCGCCGCGCUUCCGGCUCGCCCAGUUCACCGUCCCACGCACCGCGUACCAGGGCACACACCGCUGGAUGAACAAAAUGGAGCUGCUGUACAAGACUGUAGACGGACAGGACGCGGAAGACCUCGAGGAGCUGGACAGGGGACUGCGUGAGCUGCGCAGCGACCAGUUCGACGUGCAACUCCAGCGUGUCGAGGAGGUGCCAGAACCGGGCCGCGAGCGGCCCACGCUGAAGGAGUGA